AAGAUGUAUAUUUCUCAUUUUUGAAGGAAAAAGCCGUAAUAGAGGAAUAUUAGUAUUGCAGAGACUGUUAAGAACCACGUAGUGAAAGGAUUUACGUGAUACUUAAGAAUAAUAAUAACACAACGUAUAGCUGUAAUCGCGUGUGGAUGGUGAUUUGCAAACAUGGUCAUAACAAAGUAUGUAGCUAUAAUAUCAGCGGAACUAGCAGCUUUACAUGGUUCAAAACGUAGUUACAUUUGUUCUGUAACACAGUCGAUCGAUAUACUGAUGUGUAUGCACAUGCAAGGUAUUUUUUCCUACUUUCGAUUUAGCAUGUAAAUAUACGGAGGAGAAUUCGUUAGACAUUGCACAAAAUGUCUGUCAAACCGUACUUAUGCGGUCAAUGUUUUGAGGAGAAAGGCGAAAUAGAGGGCGUUGUGUAUUGUAAAGAAUGUGAAGAACCACUUUGUGGCAAUUGUAAACAGGAUCAUGCCAGGUUAAAGGCUUUAAAACACCACAAGUUGAUUGAACUUUCGGAUGUGCCUCCCCAGGAUAUACAGGAACUUCUGAAGAGAUUGAUUACAUGCCCGAAUCACGAAACAGAAGGGGUAGUUUACCUUUGUAAAGACCACGAUGUCACAUGCUGUAAUAAGUGUGCUUUGGCUGAGCACAGAAAGUGCGAGACACUAAAGGUACUGGCUGAUAUCUUGCAUGAUAUAAAAGUGGAUUGUACCGGAUUGAAGACAAGCUUGUAUGACUUGCAACAGCAAGGCGAGAGUCUGUUGGAACAUGAACGCAAACAUGAGGAAUUGGUAUCUGAAAUAGAAAGAAAAGCGUUGUCAUCACUUCAUACUAUCAAACAGAAACUCUUAGACAUGUAUGCGGAACUUGAGAAUGAAGUGGUAUCAACUAUUGCUGAUAAGAAGAAAGUGAUAGGAGAAAAAAUAAAAUCAAACAACGAAAAAUCACGCCAGUUUUUGAAUGUCGUCAAACAACAGUAUUCUCAUAUUGACCACGUUGAAAAAUUUGGAACUAAUGAACACGUUGUUCUCCUGCAGCGCCGCCUUGAAAAGGAUACGGUAUGUUGUUUGAAAUCAACCGUUGGUGAAUUGGAGAAAAGUAAAAGCAACUCUAGCUUUAAAUGUGUUGAAGAUACCGCUUUCGAUAGUUUACUGAUAGAAAUGAAGAAUUCCUUGAAAAUUAAAGACUUCGCUUGUGAUCUAAGCGAAACAGGCUCCGAUACCGAUAACAGUCAUUAUAAGCCAUACACGGAGCGAAUGCCACAUCUUCAAUCUACUAAAGAUUUAAGUAGUAUACCCAUGUUUGACAAGACGGAAGAAUUAUUCGGUAUUUCAUGCAUAUGGAUAGAUGAGUACAUUGUAAUAUAUCCUUGCGGAAUAGAUGUGUUACUAGUGAUUAAGGAAGACAGCGAUUGUGUAUUAUCAAAAUUUAAGUUUUACUCUUCGACUGAGUCAGUUUCGAAAACAGGUCCAAGAGACAUGGUUAUUUGUAUGCCAUAUCAGAGCAAAAUUGCAUUUGCACAACUACGUUAUGGAAAUGUGCACGUUGUAGCAGAACUCAAAACAAGAGUCCCGUAUGACCAUGUUACUAGAAAUGCCCCACUAAACCAGUACAUAUGUAUGUCAAAUAGCAAGGGUCAGAUCGACAUUCUUAAUAAUGACGGAACGUUGCUUCGUGAAAUCAAUAUAAGCUCAGACAUAAAAGAGUGUGCACUAUCGACAUUAAGUUGGUGUCAUUUUAAUUCGCAUAACCUUGUGUUAAUAAUUUCAAAUUGUUUGACGAAAACAUUAAUGGCAUUGAACUUAAAUGGAGAGAAAGUAUUUGAAUAUAAGCACCAAGAUCUAGCUGGCGCACGUCAAAUUGCCGUUGAUCCUUCUGGUAAUGUGUAUGUGACGUCCUAUUGUCUACGCUUACAUCAAACCAGUCCUAGUGGACAACAUAUCAGGUCUCUCCCUUUAGGGAAAAAAACAAAAUAUCCGUCUGGUAUAUGUUUCAAUAACACGUUUGAUAAAAUAGCUUUGAUUGGUGGAGGUGGAGACCUCGAUCCAUAUCUGAGAGUUUAUACAUUUACUUGAUAAAUGUCAUGGCUUAUAUCUAUAAUUAACAUUCAAAUAAUUCAAAUAGAAAGAUUAGUCAAACCCCACGAUAUUUCGAACGCAUAAACCCAUGUACCUUAUAAUGUAUACGUGCUUUGCAAUGUGCAUUUUAAUAUAUUGGAAUAAGUUAAUAUAUUUCGUUUAUUUGAAUAAUAUCCAAUUGCAAGCUGUUGCACCAGUUGAGAUUCUGUUUUAUAGUCUUAGUGAAUUGAUAAUGAAUUGCAGCAUACAUAAAUAAUGUUUUUUUGUAUGUUCAGACCUUUGCCUGCAUUCUUUUGCGAUGUGUUCUGAUAAAAGUAAUUACAUAUUCUAGUAAGGGACCACAACAUACUAGUAUCUGUAUUGAGUUUUGUGCGUAUAUAUGUUUGGUAUGUUACUACACGUAUUACAUAAGCGUACAUUCAGGUUAUUUAUACAAUUAAUUUCAAAUACUAAAAACUAGUUAAAAAGAAUGUUUGAAUAAAUGUUUGUUUAUUUUCUCAUAGCCAAACAUUUAACCUGUUCUAUAUUCACAGAUAUGUGUACUUCUUGUUGUCAGUCAUUCAAUAUCUCAACAUGAUAAAUCACAUUGAGAUAGCUAACAUUUUCACGCACAAUUAUCUGGCCCCGUGUUCACGAAACGAUUUUGCAAUCGAAAUCAAUUUAAAUCGACAUCGAUUUUCGUUUUUGCCUAUCAACUACAAUGAAAAUCCAUUUUCAAUGACAAGCGAAAUCGAUUUCAAUUGCAAAAACGGUUUGUAAACGCGGGGCCAGAUUUUAAGUAUAUAGCCGUGUAAGCUUUAACAAUUGUUUCAUUAUUCAGCAUGUUAUGUACUGUUAUUUAUAUUCAUUGAGUGUUAAGUUGCAUAUGAAAUAUAUAUCAGUAUUGUUCAUUGGUUAUUGAAAACCUCAUUUAAACUAUAAUGUGUAUGUUGUAUUUCCUUCGUGUAGUUAUUCAUUCAAUAUCUCAAGCUGGUGUAUAAACUUGAGUUAGCCAACAUGUUCACGCACAAUUAUCAAAUUUCAAGAAUGAAGCGGUGUAAGCUUCAACAAUUGUUUUAUGAUUCAGCAUGCCAUGUACUGUUAUUUAUGUUCAUUUAGUGUUGAUUCGCAUAUGGCAUAUAUUUCAGUGAUGUUGAUUCGUUGUUUAAAAAAAAUCUCGGUUAAACUGGUAUCUGUAUCUUGUAUUUUCGUUAUCGUCAAUUUUCUUAACAAGCCGCUUUAUGCUACAUGCAAGUCGUUAACUGUUAACUCUAAAUUCUGUACUGCAAGUGUAAUACACGCAUGGGAAAAAGUUUAGAGAACUAACGUGGAAAUAAAAGCUUAGACUGAAACUAAGUCAGUUA